ACCCUAGACCCGGGCGGUUCGGCUCCUUGAAGCAUUGUCUAAGCAAUCCUUGUUCAAAUGAAGGGAUUCAUUCGACUUUCCCGAAGCAUUCAAAGCCUUCUUUGACGAUUAGAUCUCACCGAGGCCCUUAAGAGGAACCUGGCCCCCGCCGCAUUUCCCAUUACGCAUACAAAGUAGCAUACAUUUGCUUUCAAGGUUGGCUUUACACCUACGUCCACGCAUCUGCCAGCGGGGCGCUCACUCACCAGCCACCAAACUUUGCUUGCUCCCUCUUACAAGGCCACGCGCCUUGCUGUCAUUCGGCUAUCUAGCUUGCCGUCAGGCCCAUCCAGCUUAUUCUUCUUUAUUCCUUUUCUGUCUUCUAUUUUUGUUUGAUCCUGUGUCUUCACCGGGAUUUCUUUAUUAUUCUCAACUGUCUCUCGGAUAGUCAAACCAUCUGGCAUCUCAUCAUGGCCUCUUCUAAGUCGACAUCUCGGGCCGCCCGCCAUGCAGAUCGGGAUACAGGCUUUCCAGAACCCUUUGAUCAAUUCAGCAAUACUACUCUCCCUCACCCUGACGCCGACCUCUCGCCAAAUGCCUGCAUCUCACACGAUGACCUGGCUGGCGACCAUGCUCUCAAGAGAAAGCGACUCUCGUUCUUACACCGACACAAGACUAGGCGAACCCUGAUGCAUGGAAUUAUCGGCCCGCAAACCGAACUCGUCAGCAGUGUCUUGUCACUGUCGUUAUCCCGCUCUAGCAGCAGCCUCCAAGUCGGAGAGGUAGCCCCUAAGUUGACGAGUCCUUCGAUAGCCAGCUUUCAGUCCAAAAGCGGCAGCGAAAGUGCAGAGUCGACCAAGAAGGAGGACGAGACACCGCCAUCUUCACCUGACAGCAUAGGCCACAGUCCCAAGAAACACCACCGGUUCAGCAAGUGGCGACGCUCCCGAGGCGAAGAACGGGAUUGAGCAACGGGCUACAUACGAGUACAUACCGCCUUUUGACAAACAUGCCCGUCUGGGCGACAUGCAUCAUACAUUUUCUUGAAUCUUUUGGACACUGGAAGAAAAAAAGGGGAAGAAAAAAGACGGAACGAAUUUACGACUCUCUUUUGUGACUUGACUUACAGCAUAUCUCUCACCUUCUUAAUCUAUAAGCGACGGCGUUUUGGGGCGGACUUGAAAUUGGGAACCGGACAACAGACGGACGACACGGCCUUUGUCUCGUAAUCACGGG